AUGGUCGGGGUAAUUUCUGACGAGCGCCGAUACCUGGUGAUCUACGACCCAAACCAUAUUGUUCCUACUCCAAACGAGAAGCACAAAUCAGGUCUUCUCUCAGGACAGAAGUUGUUCAUCCAGCACUGUCUCGCUCACUGGAGUAGCUUGUCGACCUCCCGCCUAUACGUCGUAGGUCACGGCACGGGUAACAACGACGGUGUCUGCCUACAGCACUGCUCUAGGUGGAUUCAGCAUCUUCUUGGAAACGAAAACUGGAGGAAAUUCCCGUGGACAGAAAUUGAAUUACUCAGUAACCAACACGGAACUCCAAUCCUUUGGGAACGACACAUUCCGAGGGGCAACUCCCGUAAUACCCCUCGCAACACCCCAAGUACUCCUCGACUAAGCACUCGAUCUUCGUCUCGCUCAGCUUCUCCGGCUCCAGGACGCUCUACGUCCCCAAUCUCGCGCUCUUCCUCACCCCACGGUGGUUCAAGCUCUAGAGGACGACAGCGCGGACUUCGCCAACAGGUCAGUAUCAACUUACUCACUGGAAAUGGAGAAGGACCUUCUGGCUUUACAGGUAACACACCAGUGCCAAGGACACCUACACCGGACCCAGGGCCUGCGGCUCCUACCCCUGAUGGAGAGUUUAUGCCAGACUGGCAACUCCGUCGUAGCGGGCCAACGCCUGAGUUUGGAGGCUCCACAGAACCUAGCCGGCCUAUCACACCUGAAGCCGAAUACGCUGCAGAACGACCCCCAGCGUACCUCCCAUGGGCACAAAAGUCGAACUGUCGUGCGCCUAAACCCGGGGAACCAAGUACUCUCUGGGACAGAAACCGCCAGCGUACUCCGGAGGGAUUUCGCCAUUUGUUCUCUUCUCUGGGAGGAAACCAGGACUACUUUGAUAGCCCUGAUGGCGUCUCCACUCCGACCGCCCGCUUUCUGGUUUGGGAUAACCACAUGCCUCCCCCAGCGCCGGUAGUGCAGGAGAACAUCUAUGAUAUCUCCCGGCACACAGAAGACGCUCCUUGGGACCUAAUCGACAACGAUGACGACGUCGACGAAGACCUCUUGGCAACCUACCAACUGGCACAUGAGCAACAGACCUAUGAUGCCUUGCCACAGAUGGCUUAG